AUGAAUCUAGAAAUUAUAAAAGACCUUAGUCAUCAUCCUUUCGAUAAAAACAGUCAUGGAUUUGGAGUAUUAGUAUUUGAUAAGACGGUGCUGCCACGAAAGUUGGAAGGAUUGGCGACUAAAGCGACGCGGGGAAAAGAAGAAAGAAGAGAAGAAGAAAAAGAUGGCGCGGGAAGCGACAUCGGGCUUUUUGGAUUAUUUGGCGAGAUUUUAAUAGAGGAAUGGGAAAAGGGAAAUAAAGAUAUUAGUAAAAGAAACUCCUACAAUAUGAGAAGGUUCUUGUUUCUUUCUUGCCUCUUGACGUACAUGUCUGCUGAGAACUCGACAAAGAACCACACAUCUAACGCAACGGCGGAAGUCUUUGCGGAGGAAGACACGCAGGCAAACGUCAUAUAUCUGCUCGGCCAAGGUAUCCAGAAGGAGAUCCAAGCUGUCAAGCAACCUAUUGACGAGGCGAUUAUUAACUUUGGGUCUAGUACAUGUGCUCACGUGCAGAAAUUAUUCGGAAUGUCGUAUGACCAAAUGAAGGGAGAGAAAGCCCCCAAUAUGGACAACCUCGCCUUGGUUUAUAAGACUAAGUUUUUCACCACAAUAAUGAACAUCACGACAGCGGCGGAGGGCCUGCGCCGCUUGCGCCAGCUCGACCAGGACAGGCGACUCAUCCUGUUCCUGCACGGCUUCACUGACGACCCCACAAAGGAGGUCUUCGCUAACUUGACCAACUCUUUCUUCGCCACAGAACAAGUGAGUCUGAUUGCGUUGGACGCCAGUCCACACAUCCGCUGGCUGUACUACCGGUCUAGCGCCGUCGUGCACUUCAUAGGACAGAAGUUGGGACAGUUCUUGGCUGAUGUUCUUCAACAGGGACAAGACCCGGCCCACAUCCACAUAAUCGGCCACAGCCUGGGUGCACACAUAGCUGGCAGCACUGGCAAAGCGUUUCUUGCUGCCAGCGGUCGGCUGCUGGGCCGCAUCAGCGCGCUGGACCCCGCUGGACCCUGCUUCAGCCACGUGCACCCCGACAUGCGGCUUAAGCACACGGACGCAGCGUACGUGGACGUCAUACACACGGACGGCGGAGUUUAUGGAUUGAAGGAUGCUAUUGGUCACAAGGACUACUACCCCAACAGUGGGUCGAUGCAACCCAAAUGUGUUCUGCAGUCGUGCUCGCACAGCCGCUCCUGGAUCCUAUUUGGGGAGUCUGUGAUAUUCCCCAAGGCGUUCCCUGCGGUGCAGUGCGACGACUGGGAAGCGUUUAAGAACGGAAUAUGCGGCCCAAAUGUCAGUUACAUGGGCUACGCGUCGGAACCUGACGGGAGAAACGGCCGCUACUUCCUGCAAACCAACGAAGACUAUCCGUACGGAUUAGGCCUUGAUGGCAUUAAGUACAGGAACACAGAUAGCAUGUUUCAGAGUAUAGGAAACUUUUUUGGGUGA